AACACAUCCUCUGAAUUAUUAAAGACUAAGCCCUACUUAUCACACAAUGCACUGCCUGAAAAGUCUGAGGACAGCUAACCCGGGAAUCUUGCAGCUAUUUAAAAAUGCAGGGAUCUCCAGCAGAGGUGGAGCUGACAACAUUGUUUUGUCCCGGACCCAGCAACCUGUGCCUCUCCCCUGCUGGGCUGCAGCAUCACACCACACCCACAGAGCCUUCCACCAGAAGGGCCCUGAUGCGGACCCAGGACACCCCAAAAGUAGGUUCAUGUCCAGUAUGGAGGACCUGCUUUUCUACACCAUCACUGAAGGCAAGGAGACAAUCCCACUGUCCCAGUUCAUUUCUGCUUUAAGAAAAACAGGUUUGUUAACCUCUGACCCUCGCCUACGUGACUGUGUACGUCAAAUGCGACAAUCCUCACGUGACUCUGUCGGGCCGGUCAUGAUGGACAAGAAGCUCUUCAGAAGGUGUGCGGGAAACAACAUCAUGCUGCUGACAAAGGCUUUUAGAAAAAAAUUCAUCAUACCAAACUUUGAUGAGCUGACCCAGCAGAUCGACAGGAUGUAUGACAGUGCACAACAGCAGGAGGCAGGACAGGUAGCUGAUUACAUUCCUCAGCUGGCUAAGUUCAGUCCCGAUCUCUGGGGCGUAUCUCUGUGCACAAUCGAUGGACAGAGACACUCUGUGGGUGACACCAAGGUUCCCUUUUGUCUACAGUCGUGUGUGAAGCCUCUGGAGUAUGCCAUCGCCGUGCACGAGUUCGGCACCGAGCAUGUUCACCGCUUUGUGGGCAAAGAGCCAAGUGGAUUCAAGUUCAACAAACUGUCACUAAAUGACGAAGAUAAACCACACAACCCGAUGGUGAACGCCGGAGCUAUCGUCAUCAGUUCUUUACUUAAGCCUCAUUCAAAUAAGGCAGAGAGGUUCGACUAUGUGAUGGACUUCUUGAAAAGCUUGGCUGGUACAGAGUAUGUGGGCUUCAGCAAUGCAACUUUCCAGUCAGAGAGGGAGACCGGUGAUAGGAAUUAUGCAAUUGGUUACUACCUCAAGGAGAAAAGAUGCUUUCCUGAAAAUGCAGACAUGAUGGCUGCACUUGACUUCUACUUUCAGUUGUGCUCUAUUGAGGUGAACUGUGAUUCAGGAAGUGUUAUGGCGGCCACACUGGCCAACGGGGGUAUUUGUCCAAUCACAGGCGAGCGUGUGCUGAGCGCUGAAGCCGUUCGCAACACCCUGAGCCUCAUGCAUUCCUGCGGCAUGUACGACUUCUCCGGACAGUUUGCCUUCCAUGUGGGCUUGCCUGCUAAAUCUGGCAUUUCAGGUGCUGUUCUGCUGGUUGUCCCCAACGUCAUGGGUAUGAUGUGUUGGUCUCCACCUUUGGAUCGGCUGGGAAACAGUGUUCGUGGCAUUCACUUCUGUCAGGAUCUGUUGUCUCAUUUCAACUUCCACAAUUACGACAACCUGAGACACUUCACCAAGAAACACGACCCCCGGAGAAGAUCAGAUGAAGAUCCAAACAAGUCGGUGGUAAACCUGAUGUUUGCAGCCUACAGUGGAGACCUCAUGGCCCUCAGGAGGUUUGCUCUUUCAGCUUUGAACAUGGAGCAGAGAGACUACGACUCUCGGACAGCGCUCCACGUUGCUGCUGCAGAAGGUCAUGUGGAAGCAGUUGUCUUCCUAACUGAAGUAUGUAAAGUGAAUCCUCACAUGAAAGACAGAUGGGGGAACACGGCGAUAGAUGACGCCAUGCAGUUUGGCCACGAUGUCGUUGUUUCAGUCCUGCAGGAGUACCAGCGUGGGUACACUGACAGCGACGUCGACACACCCUGUGACACAGAGGAGCAGAAGAUCACGCCGGAUACGUUGAAGGGCAUCGUCUAACCUGGUGGUUUCACAUCCAGGGGUCAAGCCUCCCUUUGGGGGCGUCAAAGAUCACAGGGGUGGGCCAUGUUGUCUGUUCUAAGUCAAACUCAAUUUGCACAUGUACAAUCAUAAUAACACACUUACUCAUUUAUAAGAAAGUGUGUAAUGUAUAUACAAAUAUUUAAGGUUUUUGUCCCCUAAAGAAUAGUAGGCUUCGUAGUAGGCCGCAACUUUGUGGAGAGCGCUCUAAACCAUUUUCAUCAGGUGAGCUAGUUAGCAGUUUACCCUUUUCUUUUUAUGCGAUCAGAGAAUUACUAUUUUAGAAUUCAACCAACAUUUCGUGCUAUGCUGAUAAAUCAGUAUAGAAAAUAAAGAAUAAGGCUAUAUCUCAAGAGUGACCUUAUUUUUGCUGGCUGGAAUGAUCUAUAGCGAAAAGCUUAGUAAACAGCAACACAAUUAAACACAGAUCAAUAAAACACCAAGAGGCUAGUGAUAAAAGGUUUAAAAAAAGUGAAACACGUAUGAAAGAGCAGACAGGGAUUCACAAAGGGGGAUGAUGUCAUAAAGUCUAAAAAUAAUAGGGGGGGGGGUGUUUGAGAAGGGAAAGGAAUCUGAUUGUCUAAUCUCUAAUCCACAAGGGAUCAUAAGGGUCUAGGUAUGGAAAUUAAUUAAUGUUAUGAGAGGACUGAAUCAUUGAGAGACGUGAUGAAUGAAUGAGUAUCUUAAACACAGGGACGCGGGAAGGGGGGGUGCUGAGCGGGCUGCAGCAUAGGAAAACCAGGAAACAUAGAUGUCUCUGGUCUUCACAUGCAAAUGAGGAUGCUGGGAGACCUUACGAAGGAUGAGGACUUUUGCACUGUUCACGAACUGGCUGUGUAUAUGUCCAGCCUGCACAUGAAAACAAGAGGACUCAUCAAAUACGGGGAAAAUCUCCUCCAGCUGUGUCUUUCCAUGCCCAUCUCCGUGGCCUCGUCAGAGAGAUCCUUCUUGGCGCUCCGUCGCCUAAAAACCUGGCUGCGUAACACAGUUACCCAGAAGAGACUCACUCACCUGGCCUUGCUGCAUAUACAGCA